GAUCCCUCAAUGAGAGACUUUCUUUACCUGAUGAUGACGAGAACAAGAAUGACAGAGGUUAUAGCUCUAGCAGUCAAUCCAGGUCUCCUUUGGCAGUAAGGAAGAAGAAAAGAGAAGAAGACAAACCGAAGGUGAAGGAGCAGAGUGAACAGCUCCAGAACAUUCUUAAAACUCUGGGGUUGAGCUUGGAAGUGGAAGAUAUGAACAAAUUAGCAGACAGGACUCAGGAGAGGCUGUACGGGAAGAAGCAUGAAGACACACGGACCGACAGCAGAGGGGAGCAGCAGAGGGGCACCCCAAGACAUUACAGUAACUCCUCCUCUUCUUCCUCCUCCUUCUCCUCAAGGUCUAGAAGUUUCAGUUCUAGUCCCUCUCGCUCCUGCAGCAGAGACUCAAGACGAAGGCGUGAACGCAGCUGCUCGAGAGACAGAAGAAAAGAUGAACUGACACAACAAGACGGUAACCAGUACAGCGAAGAUGCACAGAGCUACAGGGACAAAGACAAAAAUGUCUCCACAGAAAUUUCUAGUUAUCAGCAUCCAUAUCCGCAAAACCAAACGUAUCCCCCUCCCCAUCCUGCUGCUUUUCCUACAUAUCCAGAUUACACUUUGCCCCACGGCUCACAGUACGUUGCCUACCACAGUGACACUUACAGCCACGCUACAAACUCUUACUUGCCACACUCUCAGGCUGCCAUUCCUCCCUCAAAUUAUUCCAGCCGCUAUGCUUAUCCAGAAAACGCCUACAAUCAAUUUCCUGUCCAAUCACAUGCUAUCUACCCUGGUACUGAAGACAUUAACUUGCUUUUGAAUCCAGACCUGUCUACAAGUGAAGGCCAAACUGGAUCCUAUUCUGGCCCUCGCUGCCUGCAGGUCAUCAGCACGAAGCAGCAAAGAGCUGGAAGCUGCUUAAAGAGACUCACCAAAGGCCACAAGAGGAGGGGGAAUCCAGAAACUUGCUGGAAGAGGCAAAAAGCACGUUUUUUAAGGAAAAAAGAGGAGCGGAAACAACAAAAAAUUGCAGAAAGAAUGGCAAGACAGAGUGCGCUUUCUGUGCAGAUGGUGGAGGCUCCGCAGCCCAAUAACGAUGAAAGCAACUCCAAAGCUGAGCAGUCAGAAGAGGAGAAACGGCCACCAACAGAGGAGGAAGUAAAGGCGAACCUGAGGAAAAAGCUUGAAGCAUUUAACCAGAAGGUGAAGCAAAGAGUCUCACAGCCAGCCCCAUCCAUAACCUCUGGUGACCUCUGGUGACCUCUGGUGACCUCUGGACUGGUUUAGAUCUGCAGUUGCAAGACUGAAUGAUGAACCUGCUGUGAGCCGCCACGGACCAUUUGGACGUCAUGUUCACGAUCAUUGCUUACACAUGAAGUUAAUGGACCAUUUAGUAUUUCAGUUGUGUGAUCAGAUUUUCCUGAAAUCCUCAAACUGUAAUAAUAAAAUGUUAUCUCUGUUAUGGGUUUAGACAGAUUUUACCUGUUUAUGUUCCACAUUUCUGUGAAUACCACCACUUUGUUACCCAGUUUCUAUCCAGCCUUUUUCUAUUGGUGCUCUAUAGAUUUGAUCAAAUAAAAUAUGUUUUGCA